AUGGAGAAGAGAGAGAGACCCACAGAGACUGCCUGGUCCAAACUUCCAUGUCGUAAACGAAGGAAGCAACUUGACGAAGAUGAUGAUGAAGAAAUACCAUAUAUCCCCCAAGAUAUAAUCUUUGAUGUUUUCCUUCGAUGUCCUCCAGACUUCUUGUACGAUAGUGCGCGGUUUGUUUGCAAAACAUGGUAUAAUCUGAUACGAAACCCUAGAUUCACCAGAGACCAUCUACUCCGCCAUGUUCAUCCCCCUGACCAUGCCGUUGGUUUAUUAUUCGUUAAGAACCCACGUGCUAGAAUUUCCCGGUUCCUCGAAAUUUCCGAGGGGAAUAUCAAGUUGACAGAUUUCAUACAUCAAUUUCCUGCUCAAAUCUUGCCUACUUCGUACGGUGUUGCAUUAUAUUACAGGAUAGAAAAUAUUGCAGAAUCUCUGUACGUCGUAAAUCCAGUUACAAAACAAGUUGUGAAACUCCCUCGACCGGAUUUUAAACGGCUCAGAUUUUAUUUCCGUUGGAGUUGCAUUUCAUAUCUUCCAGGUACUGAGGAAAUUAAGGUGGUAACCCGCGUGAAAGACAUGGGAGAACAGUACCAUUGGUACAUACUGACGGUGGGAAGAAAGAUGUCCUGGAGGAAAAUCGUCAGCACCGUUAAUCCUGAAGGUAUAACUAUUCGAGGGUUUGUGAGUGAUGGAAUGCCAACUUGUGUUGGUGGGGUUGUGUAUUGGAAAUUCGAGGGCAAAAUAGUUGCCAUUGAUCUCAGUGAUGAAAUCAUUCAUUACUUCUAUCUUCCAAUGACAUUGAAGUCUCAGGGUCGGCUUCUUGAAAUGGGGAAUCAUUUGUGUAUGAUUGAGAUAACACGUACAUCAGUCUUGAGACCUGAAAAUGUAUGGAUAAUGGAGGGUUUGAAGCAGAAGGAGUGGGCUAUAAUUUAUAAAUUAGAGGUGAACUUUGAGCUGAAAAAUGCAGGGAUUCUUUUCCCGAGACCUAUUGGUUGGUUGGAGAAUCAGCAGAUGUUGCUGUUCGAGGAGUAUGUCCGGGGGACUCCAUCUUCUGAGGUCGUGCCAGUGAUUGUGGCGUACGAUGUGAGGACAGGAACAAGAACAUCAUACAUGAGAAGAUCAUUGUACCUCUCUCUUGACGAUAUUGUGGUUGUGCACUCCAGCAGCCUCAUUUCAUGGUGA